AUUCUAUAGAUACACUCACUGUGUUUAUAUGUAUAGGUUUUGAGAUUCGCAGAGAAGCAUUAAAUGCGAUCGGCUUUUGGAGGAUUUUUGUGUUUUGACAUUUCAGGCCUUUUUGCGAUUUUGCGCUGCCAUUUCUGUCUCGCUUUUGGAGCUUUUCUUUCUGCACAGCCAACAAUGUCUGCCAUUUAUGUGUGCUGUUUCCUUGUACAUCUCUGUACCACUAUUUACAGCCUGCGCUUGUUUUCUCUCUCUAACUCCCCUCUCUCUCUCUCUCUUUCUCUCUCUUCGCUGCAUAAAAGUUCCCGGAAAAUCCACAGUUCCCCACACACGCAAUUGUAUCUCGCAGCAGCGAUUCGGCACCAAAACGCAUCGUUUUCCUCGACAAUUCGGAGGAAAAAGUCGCGGUUUCCUCUUCUGUGAAAUACCUAGCUCUCUGGCGCUCAAAACUUCAAACCGCCGUCGUUUUGCCUGUUUUGAUCCUACAGAAAAAGCCUAGCGUGUAGCCUCUCUAUAUCUAUCGUCCUCCCCAGCUUCGAAGCUUGCUCAGUAACUCGUUCGUCGGUUCAGCACUCGCUCUUUCGGAACCGAGUUCGUUUCCAACUCGACUCACCCGCACGAUGACGAAACGGCGAGUCGUUGCGGUCGUGGCGUCGCUGCUUCUCUUCGGAGUCGUGGCCGUAGUGGUGCUGCUGUUCGCGCCUGGAUUUGACCGAGAUGGAUUUUUGAAGCCUGAAUCGUCUGAAGCUGCAAACUCCACACUCGCUGCAAUCCACCGCAAGCUGCUUGUUCGUGCGGCAGCAAUGGAGGAACCAGACAGGAUUCGAGGAGACAAGUGCAGCAAGGCAGACAUAGUGAUAAACCAGGGCCCCACACCCCCGCUGCCAAGUGGCAUCCCCACAUACACCGUCGAGAUCAUGAACAUGUGCGUCACCGGCUGCGACAUCUCCCACAUCCACCUCACCUGCGGUUGGUUCAGCUCCGCCCGCCUCGUCAACCCCAAGAUCUUCAAGCGCCUCCGCUACAACGACUGCCUCGUCAACGACGGCAAGCCCCUCGCCAACGGCGGCACGGUGUCGUUUCAGUACGCCAACACUUUCAGCUACAAGCUCUCCGUCUCCUCGGUCACGUGCUCUUAGAAAUGGUAUUAAUAAAACAAUCAAUCACCUAAGUAGAAUAGUUAACACACAAAAAAAAAGCAGAACAUUUGGGUGUACUUUUGUGUACAGUAAAAAUAGUAGUUAUAGGGGAUUGAGAAAGUGAAUGUUCUUUUGGUGAUGACUGGUUGUGAGUUUUGAACGCAAAAUUGCUAGUAAAAAAAAAAAUUGCAACUUGUA